UAUUUCAAAAGCAUAGCCUGUAGUAGUUUGUGCUAUAUGUAGCAAGAUAAUAAUUUACAUAUAUAAAUAAAAUGUUUAUUAAACAAAACUUUAAUAAUGUACAGGUAACAACAGGAACUGCUUGUUUUGAUACAUUGUAGCAAAGAAUGUCUGGAUGUCGACUGUCUGUGUUUGCUGCGCGCUGAUUGGUCACUGAAAAGGAGGCGUGGUUUAGCCAUAACAAUGCAUUUCAAGGAACAUACACGCGCCAAGGAAUUCUUCUUUAUCGUUGGGCUCUAACGUUAUCUUUCCACACGUUUAACAGUAUUUCCAGAGCAGGCUAACGCCGCGGUUAACGUACAUUGCCAUUUUACAAUUUUUGGAGAAAAUUGAUCCCCUAUGCGGCAGUUGGAAGCGUAUGUUAGCUGGCUAGCGUUAGCAAGCUACUAGCAGCUCCGUCCGACAUUGUCAAAAAUCUCUCGGAGGAAACAGCAGCCGAUUGAUAGUCAGGUAACAUUAGUUUACACCGACUGAUGGUAGUCGGCUAUCGGCGGUUGCAGGCAAGGAUAACUUGAUGGGACGGGACAUUUCGGAGGCUGAAACAACUACCAUCUGUCCUUCUCACUGGGCAAGCAAACUAGCUAAGAAAGUAAGAUGUGGGCUGUGUUGUUGGCCAAGCCAUGUUGGCGUCUGUCUGUGCUGUAACUUGUUACAUGGGUAGAAUAUCCGGUGAUAAUUGAGCAAGUGUCCUAACCAUGUAUUAGCAUGCUGGCGAAAUCGCUCGCUAUCAGCAGUUAUCUGCAGCUGCUGAGUCCUGCUAUGGCUGGACAAAGCGUUAGCCUAGCUUGCCCAAAAUUAGCUGAUCUCCUUCAACAGGGGACGUCGAAUUUGCCCUGGCAAUGAAAAACCAACGGCCGUCACAACGAUAGAGUUAGUGUUUGUCAUCUUAGCCGUAAAGUGAGCACGGCUUCGCACAAUACGUGUGAAACUGUGUAACGGUGCAGUGACCUCCUAAAUUCUACGAUAGCUAUUGGUCCCGCUUGCCUACCAUGUCUUUUGUUGUUGCUUUGUCUUUUGAGCACAUGGCUUUCCAUGUUUUUGUUGAGGCAGGUUACAGCGACCCCUAUUUAUCAUGUCCCCGAAUAUACCGCAUUAAUUACUCUGCCACCUUAACAAUAAUUAAUUCACUGUAUUUUAGCACGUUCGGUUAAUCUCAACACAUGUAACGGUAAUGUUAAAGUCUUUGUAAUACACUGACAUAAAAAAUUUAACUAAGGACCGUGUAUAACUGAACUGACGUGUGUCAGUAUGUGUUGACUAUUUUUUUCUUAAUAAGAAAUGACGUGAAUUUAUUGUAAGUUGCCAACAUAGUGGUGAUACUGUCUAGUGUGUUAGUGUAUUUUCCAUUAAUAAAGCAGGAACUGAAAGUCCUGAAAGCAGUUGAAUGUGAAUUUCAGUACACAUUUUUAAGUCUUUAAAAAGACCCAGCAGUCAUCCUGCAAGGUAAAUGUCAGGGGAGAAAGGUCAAUGUGGAAUUAAAUAUUAUCCAGAUAAAUAACCAGUAAGUAUUUUCGUGCACUGCAGCUUUCAGUCAAAAGUCAUCUAGAAAGUGGAGUAAGCUGGUCUUGCAGAUUGUAUGUUGACGUAUAUAGAUAAUGUUGCCGUCAAUCACCAUGCAGGACAGUGAUUGUAAUCUAGGCCAUUUCCAAAGAAAUAUAAGAAGCCCGGAAAAGGGUUAAGACAAUCAGAGGCAACAUACAAGUGCCUCCACUGUACAGUUUCCUUUCCCAGAGUGUGACUCGUCUGCACGACGUCACCAAUGCGACCAUGGGAAAUAGCAGUAAAUAGGCUGCCACCAACAGCCCCCUUAAACCCAAGGAGGUUCCUUGGAGAGCCCUGCAACGCCCCAGUGCAUCUCAGGAGAAGUCCACCAGUGAGACGCCAGUGGGGGAGACGAGACAGACCUGUACUGCACAAUUCCCUGGUCCAGGAUGAGAACUUCCAUCAUCUACUUUUCUCCCAACAUCACCAACAGGUUCCUUUAGAUGAGUCCAGACAAUUCGGCCACACCAGCACACCACCACGCAUGCUUCACCCUGCUGCUCACCUGCCCCAGCAGAGCCCCAUCAUGGUGGAUCUACACGACCAGAUGCACCAGGGAUCAGUUCCGAUAUCAUACACUGUUACGACGGUGACGACCCACGGAUUCCCCAUCCACACCGGGCAGCCCCUUCCAGGGUGCAACACUCAGCAGCUCCCAGCAUGCUCGGUAAUGUUCAGCGGACAGCUCUCUCUGCUCUGCUGCCUUCCUCCUCCUCUCAUACAGGCAUGUACCAUGCAGCAUAUGCCAGUGUCUUAUCAAGCCUUUCCACCCUUGAUCUCCAGCGAACAUUUUGUAUUGCACCCAACCCCAUCUGUACCCCCCCACCAGCCGCCACACCUUACUCCUUUGAGCCAGUUUGUCCCUUUACAGCCUCAACACCCACGCAUGCCUCUACAGAGGGUAGAGAAUGAAGUUGACCUAAGAGGGGACCAGCACCCAUUAGGGACCUUCCCCUACCCUCCCUCUCAUCACCCACCAGCGCUGCCUCCUUCUCUUCCCCUACAGUAUCUUCCUCAAGAGCCUCUGCAUCAGGAGCUUCCCUUUGGAGUGCCAUAUCCCCACAUGCUGCCCCGGCGCGUGAGUGGACAGAGAUACCGGUUGCAGCAACCUCUCCCCCCUCCUCCUCCCCCUCCAUCUUACUACCCAGGCUUCCUUCCGUACUUCCUGUCAAUGCUUCCUGUGCCUCCAACAGCAGUGGGCCCAGCCAUCAGUCUAGACCUGGAUGUGGAUGAUGUGGAGAUGGAGAACUACGAGGCAUUACUGAAUCUAGCAGAGAGGUUGGGCGAAGCGAAACCACGUGGACUCACUAAAGCAGAUAUAGAGCAACUUCCGUCCUACAGAUUCAACUCAGAGAAUCAUCUAUCUGAACAAACGCUGUGUGUUGUGUGCUUUAGUGACUUUGAGUGUAGGCAGCUACUUCGGGUAUUACCUUGUAACCACGAAUUCCACGCAAAGUGUGUGGAUAAAUGGUUAAAGACCAAUCGCACUUGUCCUAUCUGCCGAGCCGAUGCCUCGGACGUACACCGGGAGGUGGAGUGAGAACUUUGCCUAUCUCUGAGUGCUGAACUGGAUAGCUGCACACACCAGAGUCUGUCCCAAAGCUGGGGACACCUGCCACCUAACCUGCGUCCUCCAGUAAAUAUAGCUUACCAACCCACUAUUCCUGCCCCUUCCUAAAUAAUAAGCAAUCCAGGAUUGUUUCUUGAGCCUGUUGUACCUCUGCUGUGCUUCAUUGUCCAAGUCUCAUGAAACCCACUGCCUAUCGCAGCCUAUUGCCGGAGUUCUGGGAUUGCCAGCCAGUUCUUUCUCUGCCCCUUCGUUGCAGAUUCCAAAGAUUUUCCCUACAAUGCAUUAUUUGCUGCUUUUGUUUACAGGGUUUCAUUUUUAUUUAGAGGAUUUGGUUGGGGUGUUCACGCAUAGUGGGAAUCCUGCGUUGGAAGAGGUGAGUCGAGUAGCCUGGAGGAUGAUAGGCUGGACACCUUGUGCAAUUAGCAGAAAAAUAAUAGGAAUACUUCAACAUGGGUAUCUGUGUUUGGAGGCGACGCCUGACCAUCAUAGAAGCAUGUUUGUGUAGGUGUUGGGCAAAGUGACUUGUUAAUAAUGUAUGUUCUGCAAUAAUGUAUUGAUCAUUACAACAGUUUUACCCCUUGUUUUUUUUAGAUUUGCCAAUGCUUUUGUGAAAGUGUGACUUGCUGUGGUUAAAUGCAGAUUCUGUUAAGCCUGAGGGUAUGGACUGCAAGUGAUGGGACAUGCAAUUGUGGGGUAUUUUCCACCCCAGAUUAUCCACUCUGGAACACAGAUCUGUACAAAAGCAGUCAUGGAUUAAUGGACUGCGUCUUUUCGAGGUCAUCUGGCAUAACUGCACAAGUGCUACAUCCACCCUCCAUGUCAGCAUUGUUCCUCUGGCAAGUGUGUACACGUGUGUGUGUGGGCAAAGUGAGUGUGCGUGCGUGUGUUUGUCCUGUUCACAGAGCCAAUGCAUUGUGUAACCACUGGAUACAGGGCAGCAUGCUAGGAUUUGCAUGAACUGUUGAUUCAGACUAGCAAUAUUUUAAUCAAGCAUUGCCACCAAAAUCAUCAAAUUUUAAGAAAAAGAAGAGACAAAGAAGCAUACUAAAAGAAACUGCUUGCUUAUUCAGAAAGCGCCAUGAGGAAGACUAGCAUGUGGUUCCACACCCUGACUGCGUUUAAGGAUGGGAGUCCUCGUCUGAAGGCUACGCUGAUGCCGUAGAGCUCUGGAGGCCUGUGCAGAAAGCAAUAUGUGCAGUGAGUGGCGGGUUUUAAAUGAACAUUCUUCCCCUUUUUAGGAAGAUUGGGCUUUUUAUUUCUUAGUUUGUGAGCCAAAUCCAAUAUACAGAUAUAGCCUAUACUGUUCAAGAUUUCAGAUCUGCCUUCUUAUGACCUUGACAAGCACAAACCUAUUACUAAUCCUGAAUAAUACUGUCAUUUUCACUUGUUUUAAAAAGUAUGCCGUUUCUUAAAAAAAAAAAAAAAAAGGUUUUAUUUAUUGGUUUUAUCUUCUAGAGAAAAAACAUUGAAGGAAACAGUUGGAGCACUAAUGACGUUCGUGUAUGGUAUGUGUUAUAUUCUGGUAACUUGGUCGGGUCGUUGUCUUAGGCCAAUGUUAAUGGUGUUGUAAAAGAGCAACUGUAUGUAUAGCUUCAGUGUGAAUGCUUCUAGAUAAACGUUUGAAGACAGAAGAAUGUUGAAAACCUCCCCCGUAGAAGUCACUGGUGAUGUUCCUCGAUACACCAGCUGUCUGUAUCCCUCAGUGAUCAGAUCGGGGUACAAAUGACAGAGCUGGAGUGUUCAGUAGUGUAGAAACACUGUUAGACUUCUGGUUCCCUGCUUGUGUUCACACACACAAACAAAAAAAAAAACAGGAUACAUUUGUUGUGGGAGCAACAAAAGAGCAACAAAUAGGCCUUUGCUUUAGAAUCACUUUUGUCUGUUAACUGCCCCAGUAAGCACUAACAAGCAGUUGUAACCUUUGCUUUUAUGUGUAAAGGGAUCUUGCCUUUUUCUUUACCUUUGUUUCUUAAGUGAAUGUGAGUCUUUGAUGUGUGUGCCACCUUCAAGAGAAAAAAACAAGAAGCCAUUUAAUGAGUUUAACCCACAGCUUUGAGAAUUAAUCUAUGUGUACAUAUCUAUUCGCUGGCAUAUAUUGUAAGUUAAAAAAAAUCACUCAGGGCCUCUCAGUAUAUAAAAAUAAAGGAGAACAGUCCAUUUCAUAUGGAAAGGAUGCCAUGAAAAGGGUAUAUCUGAAUUUAGUUUGGUUGUUUUCCUCAGACCAUAAAUCAUUUAAUGUAAUCAAUUAUAAUAUUCAGUUUUGUCAGAAAUAGUAGAUAUUACAUCAUUUAAAGACAGGCAUGCAAGAAUAAAAGAUCAGUAAAUAUGAUAUUAGUAUUCACUGAAAAGAGGCAAUGUACACUGCAACUCAUUACAAGUGUAUUAUUCAAACCUGUUUGUUCUUUUACUCGAACCAUAUGUUCAACAUAGCGGUUGUGAACCCAUUUCUAAAUGUGCCACAGUGCACACUAUCCUACCUAAUUCACUCCCAAAUCUACUUCAGAGGUGUUUGCAUGACUAAAAAAAAAAAAAAGAAAAAAGAGUACAAGUGUGUUAUAGUGGAGGUUAUCUCAAAAUCUGGUGGGGACCUAUUUAAUGGUGCACAAUAUGCAUGCUUGUCGACCAGAUCCCAGAUUUUUAGCUCUAGUUGGCUUGGGGUUCUGGGGGUUUGGAUCUUAACGCUCAGCUGAUAACUGCCAUGCAUUGUACUGCACACAUUUGUAAUAGAACUGAAUGACUACAAGAUUUUAUUGCGCUACCUUCAUUUUAUAGGGGGAAAAAAAACUGGUCUUGAAUCCAGAAAUUCUUACAUACAUUGUGUUACUGUUAUUGCCCUAUUGACUGAAGAUUACAUGCUCUGAAACUACUGUAGUUUAUCAAAAGCCAUAGUGAAAAGGUGCUAGAUGUUCUGCUUUUAGGUAUGAAAACUCACUUGCGUGAAUGCAAUAGUUUGUCAUGGUACCCAUGUAUUCUUAAAGCAUGUUAUACUAAUACCCCUAAACAACAUCAGUGAACAACAAUAUAGUUUAAGGGAUUUUUAAAAAAUAAAAGUGUUGUCAUACUUAUUUCAGUGUAGUACUAUACCAGCCUAUCAGGCUCUUGCUCUCAGUGUAUCAAUAUCUUAAAAUGUAUUGUUCACAUAUAGAUACCUUAAUUCAUGUUAAUGUUAGCACUAUUAUUUUAAAUGUUUAAUUGACAAUAUCCAGCUAUCCAAAUAAAUAAAAAGAGAACCUCCCAUUAAGGCCUAGGUAAUGAAGUAAUUUUUAAUGACAACUGAGAAUAGAGUCUUGUAGUCUUUCUGUUAAGAGUUAAUGAAUAAUCUCACAGCUUGUGUGGUGCAAAAAUGUGUUCCAAUAAGCAGCUAAAAUUUAUUUAGGAUUUGUGAUUGAUUGCUCCGUAGAUACCAUUUGUUUACCAAUUACUUUUGCUGUGGUGGGAUAGUGGUUUACUGUUCUUACUCUCCCUGGCCUCUAGGGGUCCUUGCCUGAACACCAGACUACCCACCCGCCAACAGAGCCAGGGGCAUGUGUUCUGUGUUAGGCAGAUAUUUUGCUUUGGUACUUGCACAUUUACAGUUACCUCAUUUUUUUCCAUGUUUGUAUUGGGGGGUGGGGGGGAAAAAACAACUAAUAUAUUAUAUAUAGGAAAUGGUUCUUAUUAAUGUUAUAAUUUUUCAUUCCAUUGGAAUUAUAUUGUUUGUAGCAUUUAACAUAACUAGUUAGUGUAUUAUAUAUACAUCUGUAUACUGUUUGAAAUUUUUAAGAUUUGUACUUUUUUUAAAUGAAAGUUGCUAGUUAUGCUUUACCAAGUAGUGCAAUCAUAUUUUUUUUUUUUUUUUUUAUUGUGGCUGAUUUGAAAGGGUUGUUCACUAAUAAAUGUAUGAUGUAUACCAAUA